AAUAAAUCAAAUUUUUAUUUCAGUAGCAAUUAAGCAAAACCCUUCUUAUAAAAAAAUUUUAAAAAAAAAGUAAAACCCUAAAACAAACACAAUCCUUGAAUUGCGUUGCAACAAACCAGAGUUCCACUUCCCACCACCGUGAUUCCUCCGUUUCGCUCUACAGCGCCGCCGCAAUGGGAUCCAAAAAUUCAAACAAGAAGAAGCACAACGACGACAACGGGAAGAAGAAGAAUAAGAAGUUGAAGGUCAAGAACAACAAUGGUAAGAGUAAGCAAAAGGAUAAUAAAUCAUCAUCAAACAGUAACGACAAGAUUAUCGACGAUCCUCGAUUUUCAACGGUUCACACUGAUCCUCGUUUUCGAGAAGCUCCAAAGCAUCAAACAAAGGUUGCAAUCGAUUCACGAUUCAACCGUAUGUUUACUCAUAAGAGUUUUUCGUCUUCUUCUGCACCUGUUGAUAAGAGAGGUAGACCUAAAGAUAAAGCUAAUUCACAACAACAUUCUCUUCGCCAUUACUACAAAAUCGAUGAAGAAGAAGAAGAUAAAAUGAUAGGGAAAAAGAAAAAGAAAGUAGAACAAAGUAGCGACGAGGAUACUGGUGAAGAAGAUGAAGAGGGAUUGGUGGAAGUUGAUAAUGCGAAACCGGAGGUUGAUAGUGGAAUUGAGGAGUCUGAAGAGGGAAGUGAAUCGGAACAUGAUGCUAUAGAUUCUGAUGCAGAUAAAAGUGCAGAUACGGGCACGGAUACGGAUUCGGAUGAAGGUGUAGAUGAGGAAGAUUAUGAAGAGGAUGAACCUGAAAUGCAGGAAGAGAUAGUAGAGAUUGAGAAAGAAACUCAUCGGCUUGCUGUUGUUAAUAUGGACUGGAGAUAUGUCAAGGCUGUGGACUUGUAUGUAUUAUUUAGCUCAUUAGCCCCACCUAGUGGACUGAUCAAAUCGGUAACUAUUUAUCCAACUGAGUUUGGCAUCCAACGUAUGACAGAGGAGGAAGUUAAAGGACCUGUUGGUUAUUUUGAUGGUGAAAAUGAAACAACUGAUGAAGAAGAGAACAAUGACAGUGAUGCUGACAAUGAGAAGCUGCGUGCAUAUGAGAAGAGCAGGAUGCGGUACUAUUUUGCUUUGGUCGAAUGUGACUCAAGUGCCACAGCAGAUCACAUUUACAAAGAAAAUGAUGGUGUGGAGUUUGAACACUCAUCUAAUCCACUUGACUUGAGGUUUAUUCCGGACGAUAUGGAAAUCAAACAGCCACCUAAGGAUGUUGCGUCAGAGAUACCUGCAAACUAUGAGAACAAAGAUUUCUAUUCUCGGGCACUUCAGCACAGUAAAGUUGAACUUACUUGGGAUGAGGAUGAACCUCUUCGAGCAAAUAUCUUGAAGCGGAAAUUCAAUGAUGAGCAGUUGGCUCAGUUGGAAAUGAAUGAAUUAAUGGCUUCUGAUGAGAGUGAAAGUGAUGACAGUGAGGAUAACAAUGAGACUGAUGAUCGGGCUAAUAAAAAGGCCAAGUAUCUUUCCUUGCUCAACAAUAAUUCGGAUGAAGAUGAUGAAGACAAUGAUGUGCAAGAUAUGGAGGUGACCUUCAAUACAGGUUUGGAAGAUAUAAGCAAACAUAUUAUGGAAAAGAAGGAUAAAGAAUCCAGAACAUAUUGGGAAGAAUGUCUUAGGAAAAAACGUGAGAAAAAGAAAGCCAGGAAAAAUAAAUCAAAGUAUUCAUCAUCAUCAGAUGAUGAUGAUAUCAAUAAUACUGAUCAAGAAACUACUAAAGAUGUGGAUGACUUCUUCAUUGAUGAGGAACCUGAUACUAAGAAAAAGAAGACAAAAAGUAAAAAUGACAAAGAUCACAAGCUCGAAGAUAUGGAUGGGGUAGACCAAGUCAGCAAAGAAGAGCUUGAACUAUUGCUUGCUGAUGACAAAGGGACAGAUACUGGUCUCAAGGGAUAUAAUCUGAAGUUUAAAAAAGGCAAGGGUAAAAAGAUGGAGAGUGCUGUUGAUGAGGGGAAAAUACCAAACAGUGCAUUUGAUGAUCCACGUUUUGCAUCUAUUUUCUCAUCUGACUUUGCUAUUGAUCCCACUGAUCCACAAUUUAAAAGGAGCGCAGUGUAUGCCAGGCAGCUGGCACAGAAGCAGCAGAAGGGUCGUGUGGAAUUAUCGACAGAAAAGGAGCAAGUAAAGUUUCCUAGCAGAACACAGUUGUCUUCUGAUGGUUCUGGCGUGGUGCAGAAGGGCGAGGAAGAAGGGUUAGAUGAUUUGAAGUCAAAGAAAGAUAAAUUUGAGUUAUCAUCUAUGGUUAAAUCGAUUAAGAUGAAAUCAAAGCAAAUCCAGUUAUCCUCUGAUGGCAAGACAAAGAAAGAUGGAAAAUCACAAUUUAGAGGUAAGGAGAAAAGGAGGCACUAGGUUUCAACCUUGUUACCAAUCUACUAUGGAAUGCUAGAGACCAAGGAACCUGUGAAGUUGUUACUGCGGAGGGAAAAGUAUGCAUAUGGUUGAUAUUGGUUAUAUUGAGGCUCAACUAGUUUAAUCUUUUUGUAAAAAACUUUCUUAUUCACACAAGGCUUAUUAAAUUUUUUGUUGUAUACUAGGUUUGGAUAUUUUUUGUUUUAUGAUUUAUAUUUUUAUAUAA